CCUUGGCAGUUAGAGGAGAGGUCAUCACCAUGACAGCAUCGUUGCAGGACUCCACUCUCCUCUUCCUGCUCCUCUUCCUCCCGACCGUUUUCACGCAGAACUGGGCGACGACCCCGACCCCGACGUUGUUCGACCCGCUGACCCAACCAGAGUGCACCAAGAGAGAACAUCCAAAAGUCUCCAUCCAAGCGCUCAGUCCGUGGAUUUCCUCUUUCUCCCACUCCGGCGUCAGAGACUACUCCCAGCUCACCCUUGACCUGACUAGGAAUGAACUUAUUGUGGGUGCCAGGAACCAUCUGUUCAGACUGGACCUCAGCAACAUGUCGAUGAUACAGGCGACAGAAUGGGCACCGGACGAGGAAACCAGGAGGUCCUGUCAGAGCAAAGGCAAAACAGAGAUUGAAUGUCAGAACUACAUCAGAGUCCUGCUGGUCAACAAGACUGAGGUCAUGACCUGCGGAACCAAUGCUUUCCAGCCGCUGUGUAUUACGCGAGAGGUGGGCAACAUGAGUAGCGUGUUGGAACGGGUGAACGGCGUGGCGCGCUGCCCGUACGACCCGCGUCACAACUCCACAGCCGUGGUGACGGAGAGCGGGGAGCUGUACGCCGCCACCGUCAUCGACUUCUCCGGCCGCGACCCCGUCAUAUACCGCAGCCUUGGGGGCAUGCCACCUCUCCGGACCGCACAAUACAACUCCAAAUGGCUCAAUGAACCCCACUUCAUCUCAGCCUACGACAUCGGCCUCUUCACCUUCUUCUUCCUGAGGGAGAACGCGGUGGAGCACGACUGCGGCAAGACGGUGUACUCCCGCGUGGCCCGGGUCUGCAAGAACGACAUCGGCGGUCGCUUCCUCCUCGAGGAUACCUGGACCACGUUCAUGAAGGCCAAGCUGAACUGCUCGCGCUCAGGAGAGAUCCCCUUCUACUACAACGAGCUGCAGAGCACCUUCUACCUGCCCGAACAAGACCUCAUCUACGGCAUCUUCACCACCAAUGUCAACAGCAUCGCAGCCUCUGCAGUGUGCGCCUUCAACCUGAGCGCCAUCACCCAGGCUUUCAACGGGCCCUUCCGCUCCCAGGAAAACCCUCGCUCCACCUGGCUUCCCACACCCAACCCCAUCCACAACUUUCAGUGCGGUACAAUAAAUGACGAGGGUCCCAACGAGGGUUUGACGGAGCGCAGCCUGCAGGACGCCCAGCGGCUCUACCUGAUGAACGAUGUGGUCCAGCCGGAGUCCGUAGAUCCUCUGAUCAUGCAGGAUGACGUUCGCUUCUCCAACCUGGUCGUGGACAUUGUUCAGGGCAUGGACACCCUCUACCAUGUCAUGUACAUCAGCACGGAAUACGGCACCAUCCUGAAGGCCCUGGCUACACCCAAUAAGAACCUACAAGGAUGUUACCUGGAGGAGAUGGAGCUCCUCCCCCACGGGGUGCGAGAACCAAUCCUGAGCCUGCAGAUCCUGCACAGCGACAGGUCACUCUUUGUUGGGCUCAACAACCGAGUCCUGAAGAUCCCCCUGGAGAGGUGCUCCACCUACAAAACUGAGACGAUGUGCUUGGAGGCGAGGGACCCUUACUGUGGCUGGGACUUCAGAAAGCAGCGCUGCACCACACUGGAGGAGAGCUCCAACAUGAGCCAGUGGAAGCAGAACAUCACUGUGUGUCCGCUGCGGAACCAGACCACCAACGGAGUCUUCGGAGCGUGGGCGCCGUGGCAAACCUGCAACAAUGAUGACGGGGCGGACGGCAUGAGCUCCUGCUUGUGUCGCUCCAGGUCCUGCGACAGCCCCACCCCUCGCUGUGGAGGCAAGAACUGCCAGGGCCCCACCAUCGAAGUGUCCAACUGCUCAAGAAAUGGAGGCUGGACGCCCUGGUCGUCAUGGGGACAGUGCAGCACGACCUGUGGCACAGGCUUCGAGCUGCGCCAGCGCUCCUGCAACAACCCGUCACCCCGACACGGCGGCCGCGUCUGCGUCGGGCCGAGCAGAGACGAGAGGUUGUGCAAUGAAGGGGUUUCCUGUCCUCAGCCGAUCUUCUGGUCCCCCUGGGGCUCCUGGACCAAGUGCAGCACAGAGUGCGGGGGAGGCGUCCACUCGAGGGUCCGCACCUGCGAGAAUGGCAACAGCUGCCCAGGAUGUGCGCUGGAAUACAAGGCCUGUAACCUGGAGGCGUGUCCCGAGGUAAAGAGGAACACACCUUGGACCCCCUGGAUGCCUGUAAACGUGACGCAGGGCGGGGCCCGACAGGAGCAGAGGAUGCGCUACAUGUGCAGGGCUCACCUGCCCGAUCCCCACGAGCUGCAGAUCGGACGCAGGAAGGUGGAGACGCGCUUCUGCCCCAACGAUGGCACAGCAGUCUGCGAGACUGACACUCUCGUCGAGGAGCUCCUGAAAACGCCGGUGGUGAGAGUGGCGGGCGCCGGCUGGUCGUCAUGGGAGACCUGGUCGAGCUGCUCUCAGAGCUGCGCCAAAGGUUACCGCACCCGUCGGCGGAGCUGCUCCGGACCAGAGGGGAAGAGCGCCCCGGUGGCCUGUCGAGGUUCACCUGUUGAAUACCAGGACUGUAACGUCCAGGUUUGUCCUGUGAAAGGCUCGUGGUCCUGCUGGUCGCCCUGGUCUCAGUGCUCGGCUGGAUGCGGCGGCGGUCUCUACCAACGCACACGCUCCUGUAACAGCCCCGCGCCCGCCAACGGAGGUGAUAUCUGUAUAGGACUACACACUGAAGAGGCCCUGUGCAACACACACACUUGUGAUGGUGGCUGGAUGGCUUGGUCACUGUGGUCAGCCUGUGAUGAUUCAGGCAUGCAGAUGAGGAGCCGGGUGUGCGGGGCUCAGGGCAGCAGCCCCUGUAUGGGGAACAGCACUCAGCGCAGAGACUGCAAUGAAAUACCUGUCAUUCUCCCUGCAUCUGGCUUUGAUAAGGACCAGCACUGUGGAGCAUUCACCUCCAUCCACCUGAUCGCCACCGGUGUUUCCUGUUUCCUCGGGGCGGGCCUGCUCUCCUUCCUGAUCUACGUGUACUGCCAACGCUUCCACAAGCCCUCGCAGGAGUCGGCCGUCAUCCACCCCACCACCCCCAACCACCUCAACUACAAGGGUAACACCACACCAAAGAACGAGAAGUACACGCCCAUGGAGUUCAAGACACUGAACAAGAACAACCUGCUUCCAGACGAAAGAUCCAACUUCUACCCGACUCCGCUCCAGCAGACCAACGUGUACACCACCACCUACUACCCCACCGCGCUGGGCAAAUACGACUACCAGCCCAACUCCUCGCCGUCGCCAUGCAGGACCUAUAACAACAGCAACAACAGCUGAGACACGCCCACCCCCCCCCCCCCCCUCCUCAACCGCACAACCGGCUCUCCAAACCCC